UGAGAGAGCGCUUUAACACCCGAGCUAACGUAACGUAAACAGACCAAACUAACAUUUUAACAAUAAUUUCAUAUUGUCAUUUGACAACACCAAAGAACAGACAUGAUUAAAGCCAUCCUGAUAUUUAACAACCAUGGAAAGCCGCGAAUGAUCAGAUUCUACCAGUAUUUUGCGGAAGACUUGCAGCAGCAGAUCAUUCGAGAGACCUUCCAUCUAGUGUCUAAAAGAGAUGACAACGUCUGCAACUUCUUAGAGGGUGGAAGUCUCAUCGGCGGCUCCGACUACAAGCUCAUCUACCGGCACUACGCGACCCUCUACUUUGUCUUCUGCGUGGAUUCAUCUGAGAGUGAGCUCGGCAUCCUGGACCUGAUCCAGGUGUUUGUGGAGACGCUUGAUAAAUGCUUUGAAAACGUCUGUGAGCUGGACCUCACAUUCCACAUGGACAAGGUCCAUUACAUCCUGCAGGAGGUGGUGAUGGGGGGCAUGGUGCUGGAGACCAACAUGAACGAGAUCGUAACCCAGGUGGAGGUACAGACGCGCAUGGAGAAGUCCGAGGGAGGUCUGUCGGCGGCUCCCGCUCGCGCCGUCUCCGCCGUGAAGAACAUGAACCUGCCCGAGAUUCGCAACAUCAACAUCGGAGACCUCAAUAUCAAAGUGCCGAGCCUCUCGCCGUUCUGAACACCCAGCUGAGCUGCGCAGCCUGAUGUACUCUCGAUGCAGCGCCCCGAUCCACCCGGUUCUGUUGUUGCUACGGAGAAGAAGAAGAAAAA